AUGGUCCCACUCACUCUGAUCGCGUUAUUCCUUGCCACUUUGCUCUCUGUCCCGUCCGUUUUUGCGCACGACACCUUAGCCUCGGGUAUUGCGGUUCGCUCGGCGCACCUGCACCAAGCGCGCGCAGCGUUCGCAAAGUGCUCCGGCAAGCUCCAGAGCCGCGACGUGAUCGCGCACCGGGUGGCUCGCCGCGCAGAGCUGGUGGAGUCCCACCUCGAGAAGCGGCGUGUCGAGAAGCGCCAGUGGAUCCCGAUGCCGCCGGUGACGCCCCCUGGGAAUAAUACCGGAGCCUGCGUGCUCACCCCGGAGGUCAUGGUUGGGCCAUAUUAUGUUAAGGAGGAGUUGAUCAGGAAGGAUAUACGUAAGGGAGAGGGUGAGCGCGGUGUGCCGCUGCUGCUAGAUCUGCAGUUCGUCGAUUUCGAUACCUGUGAGCCCGUCACCAACGCGAUGAUCGAUCUGUGGCAUUGCAAUACUACCGGGUUGUACUCGGGCUUUGCGAGCGAGAAGACUACGGGAGAGCACUUCAACCGUGGCCUGCAGCCCACGGAUCGCCGCGGAAUUAUGCACAUGAUCACCAGCUUUCCGGGGUGGUACGACAUGCGGGCGACGCACAUCCACGCAAUCCACAUCGGCGGAAAAGUGGACCGCAAGAAGAGGAUCUACCAAGGCGGCCAUGUCACGCAUAUCGGCCAACUGUUCUUCCCCGAAUCGCUCCUUACGCAGAUCGACCAGCGCCUGCCAUACACCAAGAACAAGCUGAAGGAGCGCGUGCGCAACGACGACGACUUCAUCUACCAUCAGGAGAACACGGGGUACAACGCCGUGAGCGAGAUCCAGAUGCUAGGCGACGAGAUGGAGGACGGGAUUCUCGCGUCCAUCUCCGUCGGGAUAAAUCUCAAGGCAAGCUACAACAUCAGCAACAUGUGGGGGAGCGGGUCGUCCGGGCCGCCGUCGGGGAUGACGUUUCCGCCUGGCGGAUUCCCGACUGGGCCGCCGGGGGGAAUGCCGACGUUGCUCACCACCACCCGUACCGUGGAUGGUAUUUGA